AUGCUGACCCUUGCACUUGAGUCGUUUCUGGCGGCUGGCCCGACCAGGGACGGCCAGUCUCUGCAUUCACGCGGAGAAGAGGGCUCCCCCGUGAUUAGUCCUCUGUCCGACCUGCAGCGAAAAGGUCUGAUCGUGAUUUCUGCGCUCGCCCUGCUUUCUAUGUUAACAACCUUCUUGCUUCUGAGCUUCAUCACGUACCGAUUCAUCUUUUGGCGCCAGUACUAUGGACGUUACAUAGGUUACAACCAAUAUGUGGUGCUAAUGUUCAAUCUGAUUCUGGCCGACUUUCUGCAAAGUUUCGGUUUCAUCAUAUCCCUCCGCUGGAUUGCGAUCGAUGCGGUGCGAGCAACGGAUGUCGCCUGCUUCCUGCAGGGGGUGGGGCUUCAGAUUGGCGACCCAAUGAGUGGUCUUUUUGUCCUUGCUAUCGCAGUUCACACCUUCCUGCAUGUCUUCCUCAACUAUCAAAUGGAGCACCGAGUCUUUGUCAGCAUGAUCAUCGGUCUCUGGGUUUUCGGAGUGGUCAUGACCAUUAUUCCGAUCGCUGCGCACGGAAGAUAUGUGUGGUUUCCAGCAGUGGCCUGGUGCUGGAUGACUCCUGACUACGAGAACAUGCGAUUGUGGACGCACUACGUCUGGAUCUUCGCCUCCGAGUUCUUUACCGUCUCGCUCUACGCGAUAAUGUUCAUACAACUACGCCAGAAAAUGUCCGAAGCGGCCGUCCUUGGCGAGCACAACUCCGAGAGUCUGCACCGGUUGAAAAAGGUCAUUUUCCACAUGGCAGUCUAUCCCGUCGUCUAUAUUUGCCUGACCUUGCCGUUGGCGGCCGGUCGCAUGGCGUCCGCUGGAGGGCACUCGCCUAGUGUUCUUUACUUCUGUUUUGCGGGCUCCUUAAUGGCAUGUUCCGGGUUCUGUGACUCGUUUCUGUACGUCGUGACCCGCAGGAGUGUGGUUGUGGAAUCCGAGGCGCGGGGAAGCAGCAACAAGCUCUCCAGCCGACGGAAUAAAUCUUCGGCUGUGCAGCAAUAUGCCAUGAGUGCAGAUCCGAAGGGACCUACGUCAACGACAAUAACCCGGGGCCGUAGUGAUUCCACCGAAGAGAUGAUUGGCAAGGGCGGCCUCGAGCUGACGCCCAUGGGCGUGGUGUUGCAGCAUACGACGAUCGAGGUCACAACCGAGAGUGCAUACGAGCCGUCGUCUAGUGAUACCGGUGCCUCCAAGCGACACGACACCGAGAUAGCACUAUCUAUUCCUGAGGCCCACCAGCAUGGCACAUGA